AUGUCAGACUGCUGGUCUUGGCCCGAUCCCCAGUGCCGACAUUCCCCAAGGGAGAUAGUAGUGAAACAACAGGCAGCCAGGCGCCGCAGCUCCCGCUCCCGCUCAUCCUGGCCCUGCUGCGCCUUCCACUGCCGCUCAGUAGCUGCUGCCAUGGAGGAUAAACUGCCGAGUGAUCUCUCUUCUGGUUUUUGUUUUGCUCAGCUGGGAGCCGAGAGUGCAGACAGCAUUGGCGCCGUGCUGAACAGCAAGGAGGAGCAGAGGGAGAUUGCCGAGACCAGGGAGGCCUGCAGGGCUUCCUACGAUACCUCUGCUCCAAAUGCCAAACGGAAGUCUCAGGAUGAAGGAGAGACCGACGAGGACAAAAUGGAAGAAUAUAAGGAUGAGCCUGAGAUGCAGCAGGAGGAGGAGAACCUGCCGUACGAGGAAGAGAUUUACAAAGACUCCAGCACGUUCCUCAAGGGAACACAGAGUUUAAAUCCCCAUAACGACUACUGCCAGCAUUUUGUAGACACUGGACACAGACCUCAGAAUUUCAUCAGGGAUGUAGGUCUGGCGGACAGGUUUGAAGAGUACCCCAAGCUGCGGGAGCUCAUCCGCCUGAAGGACGAGCUGAUAGCGAAGUCGAACACGCCGCCCAUGUACUUACAGGCGGAUAUCGAAGCCUUUGACAUCAGAGAGCUCACCCCCAAGUUUGAUGUGAUUCUUCUGGAACCCCCUCUGGAAGAGUAUUACAGAGAGACCGGCAUCACUGCCAACGAGAAGUGCUGGACUUGGGACGAUAUCAUGAAGUUAGAGAUCGAUGAGAUUGCGGCCCCUCGGUCAUUUAUUUUCCUCUGGUGCGGCUCUGGGGAAGGGCUGGACCUUGGGAGAGUGUGUUUACGCAAGUGGGGCUACAGAAGAUGUGAAGAUAUUUGUUGGAUUAAAACCAAUAAAAACAACCCUGGGAAGACGAAGACUUUAGAUCCAAAGGCUGUCUUCCAGAGAACAAAGGAGCACUGCCUCAUGGGGAUCAAAGGGACCGUGAAGCGCAGCACAGACGGGGACUUCAUCCACGCCAACGUCGACAUCGACCUGAUCAUCACGGAGGAGCCCGAGAUCGGGAACAUAGAGAAGCCCGUGGAGAUUUUCCACAUCAUCGAGCACUUCUGUCUGGGCCGGAGGCGCCUUCACCUGUUUGGAAGAGACAGUACGAUUCGGCCAGGGCCUUCGGUGACGGCGGAACGAAGACGCGUGAAUGCUGGGUAGUCCUGCAGGAAACACCAUGCAUUUGUGCGAUCCGGGUCGGGCUUUCGUAGAGG